GGGCAAUAUCACGUGAACAAAUUGUAGAUACGAGGGGAUGCGUAUAUGAACUAUAUUUAUUUUUUUCGAUAUUUGAUAUUAUUUAAAACUCAAAUCAAUUGAUUCGAAGUAUUCAAUUUAUACAAUAAUAAUUCAACUCACCAAUGUCAUCAUCACCAAUUAAAGGGUCUGGUGAUAUCCAGAAUUCACAAGAAAGUGCUGUUCAUGAAACCCCAAGUACAACACCACCAGCGCCAGAUACAGUCUCCGCCAACAGUACACCAGCACGAGAAGAUACACCAAUGGAAGAAGAAGGACAAGAUCAAGAACAAGAUCAAGAACAAGAACAAUCAUUGUCUUUGCCAUUGGCGAAAAUAAAGAGAAUAUUCAAAAUGGAUCCUGAUUAUACUGCUGCAUCACAAAGUUCUGUUUAUGCUACUGGUUUAGCAACAGAAUUAUUCAUACAAUAUUUCGUAGAACAAGCUAGUUUAUUAGCUAAAAUGGAUAAAAGAAAGAAAAUUCAAUAUAAGGACUUUGCAUCUGCUGUUGUUAGUCAUGAUUCUUUAAACUUUUUAAGUGAAACUGUUCCAAGAACUUAUAAAUUGGCUGACUUAAUUACCAAUCAAUUAAUAGAGAUUGAUGAAAAUGCCGUCACAACCACAGAAGCUAAUGAUAAUGACGAGAAUAUUGAUCCUGAGGAGGAAGUCACAAACGAAGUCACUACUACUACCGAAGUUUCUUCAAAGAAAAAGAAGAAGCCAACGCAAGUACUUUCAAAAGGUCAACAAACAUUAAAUUUCUCAUCAAAAGAGCCCGUUGUGGCGCCAGUUAAAAAGGCUGUCAUACAUGACUUGGUAACAAACGACGAUACAGCUCCAGCAAGCCCAGUAGAAGAAGAUGAUGACGUUAUCAUGAUAGAUUAGAAAGAGAUUCACUUUCCGCUAUGUACAA